AUGUUUCCUCAUCUGAUACUUUCUUUCUUCUUCUUUUUCGUCCUUCCCGGUCUCUUGUUCUUCUUCCUCGGCCACUCGUCUACAGGUUCGAAGAAGAAAGAGACAGGUUCUGCAUCAAACAUUUCUCAACCAAAAGUAUACCCGUUUAUUGGUUCUUAUCUAGCCGUCAAAUCCCUCGGUAACCGCCGUAUUCAGUGGUUGUCCGAUGUCCUCAAAAACUCACCCUCUGCCACUUUCACCCUCCACAGCCCCUUGGGCCGCCGGAACAUCUUCACUGGCAACCCAGCCACCGUAGAGUACAUUCUCAAGACCCGUUUCUCCAAUUACGGAAAGGGCAUCACCACUACUACCAUUCUCUCCGAUUUCCUGGGCACAGGAAUCUUCAACGCGGAUGGCGACAAGUGGAAGUUUCAGAGACAGGUGGCCAGCCAGGAAUUCAACACAAAGUCUCUCCGGAAAUUCGUGGAGCAAGUGGUGGAUGCUGAACUCUCCAACCGUCUCCUCCCCAUCCUCGCUUCAGCCGCAGCAAAGCAAGACCAAACCCUCGAUUUCCAAGACAUUCUCCAACGUUUCGCGUUUGACAACAUCUGCAAAAUCUCGUUCGGCUUCGACCCCGAGUACCUGACACCGUCCGUUGAACGAAGCAGAUUCGCGCGAGCCUUCGAAGAAGCGACAGAGAUCAGCAGCAACCGGUUCCGCGAGCCUUUGUGGUUAGUGUGGAAAUUGAAGAGAGUACUUAACAUAGGUUCGGAAAAGCGAUUGCGAAUGGCAGUAAGGGAAGUGCGCGAGUUCGCGAAGAACAUAGUGAGAGAGAAGAAGAGGGAACUGAAGGAGAAGGAAUCGCUUGAAUCGGUGGACAUGCUUUCGCGGUUCUUGAGUUCGGGACACUCUAAUGAAGACUUCGUGACGGACAUAGUCAUAAGUUUCAUAUUGGCAGGGAAGGAUACCACGUCAGCUGCGCUGACGUGGUUUUUCUGGCUGCUGUCGAAGAACCCGCGCGUGGAGAAGGAGAUUGUGAAUGAGAUAAUGGAAAAAUCGGAGGUUCCAGUGUACGAUGAAGUGAAGAAUAUGAUUUACACUCAUGCAGCGCUGUGUGAAAGCAUGAGGCUGUACCCUCCGGUUCCGACGGAUGUGAAGGAAGCAAUGGGCGACGACGUUUUGCCGGAUGGGACGGUAGUGAAGAAGGGGAUGUUGGUGACGUAUCACGUGUACGCCAUGGGGAGGUUGGAGAGUAUUUGGGGUGAGGAUUGGGCGGAGUUUAAGCCAGAGAGGUGGUUAGAGAAGGUUGAAUCCGGAAAGUGGAGAUUUAUGGGAAGGGAUUCGUUCACCUAUCCAGUGUUUCAGGCGGGUCCAAGGAUUUGCUUGGGGAAGGAAAUGGCUUUUAUGCAGAUGAAGAGGAUGGUGGCUGGCGUUCUCAGGCGGUUCACGGUGGUUCCCGCGGUUGCUCAAGAGGUCGAGCCUCACUACUUUUCGUUCUUGACUUCUCUUAUGGAAGGUGGCUUCCCGGUCAAGAUCGUUCAAAGGGUUCCUUCAAAUUGA